AUGGGACACAUACGACAGGCUCGCGCCGGAAACAACGAAUCCGCUCGCUUUUUACGCGGAUCCUGCUCGACGGGUCAUCAUCAUGCUCUGGAGCUUUACGUCCAAAAAGUGUCGAACCUUGAAUCGCUACUUGUUUUCGGUAUGGAAGGAAUGGGAUUGCACCUAGGUAAUGGAUGGCGGGCUCCCAAUUUUGUACUUGUACACAUGCAUUAG